GACGGGCGGGCGGGGUGUUGGCCGCGGAGUUUGGGAAAAGUUCCGAGCGCGGCCGGAGGAAGCGGCAGAGCAGAGGCGGCGGGCCGGGGCGCUCUCAGGUGACGCCGGGGGACCCGGGCGCCCCACGGAAGGAGGGGGCUGCGCGAAGCUCACCCUGCCCGCAGCCGGGGGCCCGCAGCGCUUCCCGCGCGCCGGCUGGGGGCCGCGUCCGCCCGUCCGCCCGCCCGCGCCAUGAGGAUCCGGGUGCCCGGGAGGUGGACCUGGGCAGGCAGGAGCUGCGUGCUGCUCGCGCUUUUAACCGUGGCUUACCUCCUGCUGGAGAUCUCGGUGUCCGCCUUCCACGCCGCCCCCGGAGGCGGCCUUGCUCCGGAGCAGGGCUCCAGGCGCCUCGCCCACCUUAAGAAAGGGGAAGAAGAUUUGUCCCGACCUCUUUACGGGAAGCCCCCCGCAGACUCCCACGCCCUUGGCGAGUGGGGGAGAGCGAGCAAACUCGAGCUCGGCGAGGGUGAACUGAAGCAGCAGGAGGAACUCAUUGAGAGAUAUGCCAUCAACAUUUACCUCAGUGACAGGAUUUCCCUGCACCGCCACAUAGAAGAUAAGAGAAUGUCUGAGUGUAAAUCCAAGACGUACGACUACAGGAGACUCCCCACCACCUCGGUCGUCAUCGCUUUCUAUAACGAAGCUUGGUCCACUUUGCUCCGCACCAUUCACAGCGUACUGGAAACUUCUCCCGCUGUCCUUCUGAAGGAGAUCAUCUUGGUGGAUGACUUGAGCGACAGAGUGUAUUUGAAGGCGCAACUGGAAACUUACAUCAGCAGCCUAGAGAGAGUCCGCUUGAUCCGAACCAAUAAGCGAGAGGGCCUGGUUCGGGCCCGUCUGAUCGGAGCCACUUUCGCCACGGGCGAUGUCCUCACCUUCCUGGAUUGUCACUGUGAGUGUAACUCUGGCUGGCUGGAGCCGCUCCUGGAAAGGAUAGGGAGGGAUGAAACAGCAGUCGUUUGUCCGGUUAUAGACACGAUUGAUUGGAAUACUUUUGAGUUCUACAUGCAAACGGGGGAACCCAUGAUCGGUGGGUUUGACUGGCGGUUAACAUUCCAGUGGCAUUCUGUCCCCAAGCAGGAAAGGGACAGGCGGACGUCAAGAAUUGACCCCAUCAGGUCUCCCACCAUGGCUGGAGGGCUGUUUGCUGUCAGCAAGAAAUACUUUGAGUACCUGGGGACGUAUGACACUGGGAUGGAAGUGUGGGGAGGUGAAAACCUGGAGCUGUCCUUCAGGGUGUGGCAGUGCGGUGGAAAGCUGGAGAUCCACCCGUGCUCCCACGUGGGCCACGUGUUCCCCAAGCGGGCGCCGUACGCCCGCCCCAACUUCCUGCAGAACACUGCACGGGCAGCAGAAGUGUGGAUGGAUGACUACAAAGAGCAUUUCUACAACCGAAACCCUCCAGCACGGAAGGAAGCUUAUGGCGAUAUCUCUGAAAGAAAAUUACUACGAAAACAGCUGAGAUGCAAAAGCUUUGACUGGUAUUUGAAAAACGUGUUUUCGAAUUUACACGUACCAGAGGAUAGGCCAGGUUGGCACGGGGCUAUUCGCAGUUUGGGGAUCUCUUCCGAAUGCUUAGAUUAUAAUUCUCCUGACAACAACCCCACCGGGGCUAACCUCUCACUGUUUGGAUGCCAUGGUCAAGGAGGUAACCAGUUCUUUGAAUAUACUUCAAACAAAGAAAUACGGUUUAAUUCGGUGACUGAGUUGUGUGCAGAGGUUCCUGAGCAAAAAACUUAUGUAGGAAUGCAGACUUGUCCCAGAGAUGGGUCCCCUGCUCCAGUAAACAUCAUCUGGCAUUUUAAAGAAGAUGGAACCAUUUUUCAUCCACACUCAGGACUUUGUCUUAGUGCUUACCGGACAGCUGAGGGUCGGCCUGAUGUACAGAUGAGAACUUGUGAGGCCCUAGAUAAAAAUCAAAUCUGGAGGUUUGAGAAGUAGAAGGACCCAAGGGCACUUUCACUGGAGCUAACAAUAGCUUCAGGAAAGUCAGAGCCUGACUGGAGGCUGGGGUUUGUCAGAAGUUCCCCAACAGUGAGAGCACUAGAAAGCUGAGGCUCGUUUUGGAAUGUUUCUGAAGCUGGGUGGGCAGAAUGCUGCUGUUUAAUGUCUCAAAGUGCCUUACUUAUGGGUUGUUUCAUUUGAGAGCUUUGUCAGUGUGUCUCCUACUUCUUCAGAAAGUUUACUGUGAAUUGAGACACACAAAACACUUAAGUGCCAGUCUUCAUAUUAAAGAAUGUAAAAUCUAAAUUAAUGUACGUUUUGAACUAUUGCUAUUUUGAUUACACAGAAUUUGCAUUUCUUUUAGCUAACACCUAAAAUCUUAGGUGUUUUUAAAACUAAUUUUCCCUUAAUCAACUACAAAUCAAAGAAAGUUGAUCUUAAGGAGGGAAGGCUUGGUUUAGAUAAAUCUGUGAAAGGAUACAUGGUGUCAUUGGAAGAGGGUAUUUCUUUGAAUGUGAGUUUGAAAAUCUUAACAUACAGACAUCUCAAAAAGCUAUACUCCUGACUGAAUGAAAUGGGGAGAUAUUUACAUUCCACACUUUGUAAUCUCCAGUUGUUGGACUUAACUGAUCUAUACAUUGAUACCUUGAACAGCUCUGAUUUUUUAAGCUGUUCUGUGAACUUGCUUAUGAGCGUAGGGCAUUUUCUGAUUGCACUUCCUUAAGUUAUGAAUGUACUAGAAAGAAAUUCAUUCAGAAUACUGUGCCUCCCUUGUUAAUGCUUAAUCAUGUAAAGUAAACACAAUUGAGCCUCUCUGAAGUUAAACCCAGCUGUGUUUACUAAAAUGUGUGAAGGGCCGGGGAUUUAGCUCAGUGGUUCUGGCGCCUGCCUCCUAAGCGCAAGGUCCCGAGUUCGAUUCCCGGUACAAAAAAAAACAAACAACAAAACUAAAAUGUGUGAAACUGAAAGUGAGCCCAGUUGUACAAAGGCUGUGGCACUCUUCUGUGAGCUCAUACUGAUUUGGACAUGUCGGGAUUUAUGUUAAGAUUACAAGGGCAAAAAGACUGCUUUGGCAGUGUUGAGUACUGCCUUCUAGCUCGUUUUCAGCACCUAGCAGCCUGACACUUAGGCACUUUCAGUAGAUUUGUGAAUGAUGGAUGCAGGACAGGCUCACCCAAGGAGUGUGACUUUGAUGAAGUCAUUUGAUGUGCUUGGGCCUCAGUUUCCUUGUCAAUGGGUGUUGGAUCGGAUCUUGAAGAUCCUUUCUAGCUCUGAAAAGUUGCAUAUUCUCCCUUUAUUGAACUCAGUCACUGUAAAUUCUACACUUUUUAAUCCCUUCACUUUUAACACAGGUAAUGUUGAACAGUUGAGCAAUGUUCAGUACAUUUGUAAACCUGGAAAAAAGAAAUAAUUUUAAAAAUUAAGUGAGGGCUGGGAGCAUAGCUCAGUGGUAGAGCACUUCCCUUGCAUGCAUGAGGACCUGGGUUUUGAUCCCCAGCACUGGGGAAAAAAAUGUUUUCAAGUGAGCUGAGCUCACUUGAAUAUAGUAAUCGUCUUUGGAAAAUAUUUUAGGCUAGUGCCUUAAUUGUUGUCGACAAUUCAGAGAGGUUAGUCUGUUCAUUCCUCGUAUUAGUGUUCAUUAACAAAGGAAGGGGAUGUUCAUGGUUUUAUAUCUAGGCAAGUUCCAAUUUAAUUCCAAAGCUACACUGUAGUGCCACAUACAAAAUGUAUUUUGAUUCUUUAAUUCUAAUUUAUUGGUACCAAAGCUCUCUUUUACUGUAGACAAUUAAGAGUUGACCUUUUAAGCUAAUUUACAUGCUUGAUAGUAGUUUUAUAAAAUAUUUGGUGGGCAAUUAGUUUCCACCUUAAAUGUUCACUGUGUCAUUUAGUGAUGAAUUCCGUGAAUAGAUUGAUUAUCUAUAUAAACAUUUUUAGCAGUCAUUUUUGUAAAUGACAAGGAUCUCGAUAACUCGAAAUGACUUUUUUGUAAAAAAAAUUUGUUUAUUCAUCCAGGGGUAGGCUCUUCUGUAUGUGUUAUAUGUUAGCAAAUCAAAAUUUGCUAGAUCCAAGGCGAGAUUUAAGUUGUGCACUCUUAGUUGCUGUAGGGUCUCAAUUUUAGUAAUAAAAUACUUAGUUUUGACUUGUCUUUUUCAGUUGUUUUAAUAAUAUUUUUGAAUGAGUGCAGAGAAUACUAAAGUUCAAAUUGAUCUCUCUUAAACUGAUUUUUUUUUUCUGUGUGAUGAGCAGUUUCCAUUUUCCCCCCUUUUGAUUAAUGGUAUUUGUAAUGCUGAUUAAGACAUACAAAAUAAAAUGUGUGCCUACUUUUGCAAA